AUGCUUCGUUUUGUGUUUUGGUCUGUUCUGUUCUCCAUUUGUGAUGGUCAUGACGCCCUCACCUCCAGUUCUCGUGUUGCCUGUAACUCCACGCAUCUUUGUUCUGAAGUCGAUCGUUCGAUUUGGCUUCAGAAGAGAGAAAAGGCCAAGAAAAUCAAAGAAUUGAUAGAUAUCAGUAGGAUUGGAGGUUUUGUGAACAAGUAAGAUACGAGGGAGCAAUAUACAGGGUGUUUCAAGGAAUAUGACAAAGACUUUUUGCGAAUAUCUUUGAGCUCUUGGGAGUUAUCGCUGAAAUUCUUUUUGUUUCUAUAAAGAUUGAAGUUGGGCGAUUUUGUAUCCAGCAAAAAAAAUUUUCCGUCGGCGGAGACAUUCGUGGAAACGGCUCGGCAAACGAAUCGGCGGGGGAAUCGGCGAAGACAUUUUAGGCCAGUUCUCGGCGGAGACAUUCGGGCCUUUUUUAAAAAUUACAUCGUAUUACAUGGUGGAAUCUGUUACAACGGCCAAAAUUAUGUUUACGUUACACCUCCGUGGAUUUUACGGUGUGUUCUUUUGCUUUUUCGAUUUUACGCACAUCCGCGGAGGCGCGGCGGAGACCUCAGAUUUCGGCGCACGUCGUUUUGAGUCUUUGGGUAAUUCAUUUCAAGUUGGAAAAAAGUGUGAUGUGAUUUUUUUGUUGCCAAAGACCCAUGCAGAAUCCAUGAUUCGGUUAAUUUUGGUCUCGGGCUAUGAAAGCGAUGUGCCUUUUUUGCGGAUCUUUUUGACCCUGGAACGAAGAUAUAAGAGUGAAGAUAUAAGAACGCAAGAGCCUUUUUGAAAAUGGCUCUUGCGUUCUUAUAUCUUCACUCUUAUAUUCGCAAAAAGUUUUUGUCAUAUUUCUCGAAACAUCCUGCAUAAUAAAUAUAUAAGAGAUGAAUUGGAAGUUCUGGAUGCUCGGGAUGAGUUGUGCUGGGAUAUCAAUGAUGCUGGGUUCCUCUUCAACAACCACUCUGACGCCUGGCCAAUUGCUUGUUUAUCCGUUGGGAAUGCGAACAAUUCUUCGUGUAGUCCAGCUCCGAAGGAGGACGCUUUGUUUGAUUACAUCGACGGUCAAACUUGGAAGAACUUUGUCAAGGUGUGUCAUCGUUUAUUUAAUCAUCGAAAUUUUAUUUGAGGAAGCCAGAAUAUCCAUGGGAUGCUCUGUUGCUGAGAUAAUGGCCGCGCAAGAUGUGAGUUCGCUUGCUCUUACCUUCACUUUCACUAACAAAGUUGUCGUCAUACACCUCAAUCCAGCGCAUCUCCUGACCAGUAUAGACAAUUCGUCCAAACAAUCUUCUAGUGAAAUACCUUAUCCAUGUCAAAGUAUUUUUAGACAUGCCCCUUUGUUGUGGGAGGCUCCAAUCUGUAAAAAACGCUCUCUGGUCAGGAAAUAGCUGCAACUACGCUGGAUUGACGUUACAUAUUUAUUUUAUAGGUUUCCGAACUGUUCAUUUGCCGCGAAAGAUGUACUCAUUCGGGAAUCGGCUACUUCCAAUCCCUUCUGAUCAUGUUUAGUCUCUUCUUGACUGUCAUCACGCUCAGUUUGCACUGA